AUGAUUGAUACCCCUGGCCCACAGAACAUGCAGAGUCAGGGUGACAGAAACAUGGCGCUACUCACGAAACAGAGACUCAAAAGCGGCGGCAGCGACUCGGACGAUUCGAAAUCAGACUACAGCAUGCCGCCCUCACCCGUGGCCCGUCUCCCCUCCCCGGAGCACGACGAUGGCCUGAAGUGCACAUCCUUUUCUGUGUUGGACAUUCUUGACCCCAAGAAAUUCAAAGGGAGAAAAACACCAAGCCCGCGGCAUGACGAGACUAGCAGCCACGGCAGCCAUCUUGGAGGCUACGAUGACAGAUUGAGAGAUUUUCACGCUAGAAUGAUUCCGGAGAGGAGCAGGUCACCGCUGAGUAUCUCAGAAGAGGAUAUUGAAGUAGGCAUCACCACGGGCAUGAGGGAAUCCGUCACAGCAGACGAACAUAUCGACGCAACAACCGACAACGAAAAGGGAGCAAAGUCAAGAAGAGCACGGACAGCAUUUACGUAUGAACAAUUGGUCGCUUUGGAGAACAAAUUCAAAACGACGCGAUACCUCUCAGUUUGUGAACGACUCAAUUUAGCAUUAUCGCUGAGUUUAACGGAAACACAGGUCAAAAUCUGGUUUCAGAAUCGCAGAACGAAAUGGAAGAAGCAGAACCCAGGCUUGGACAUUAACACGCCGCAGAUUCCAACUUCGAACUCUCACAGAUCCAGUUAUCCUUCCCCUGCGGACUUUAUGUACGGACACACGAUGUCGCCGUACCUCUCGGCGACGAGUUCACCUAUCAGCGCGGCAAACUUCUUCGGACAGUCUCAGGCACUGCCGGCGCAUUUCAAGUUGCAUUCCUUCUUGCACUGA